AUGGAUGAACCGAUCGUCAAACGACUCCAUGUUUCUGGGCUCACACCCGCCAUCACACCCGCCGACCUCACACAGCGUUUAUCGUCGUUCGGGGCCGUUAAGGCCGUGGAUGGUUUCGGUGUGUUGGAUGCCGUUGGCCUGCCUCGCAAAUUCGGCUACGUGACUCUGGAGACGACAAAGCCCAAGCUAGCUAGAUGUAUGAAUACACUCAGUGGUGUCACCUGGAAAGGCACGAAGUUGCGCAUCGGUGAGGCGAAACUAGACUUCCGCGAGAGAAUCCUGAAGGAGAACGAGACCCUCAAGCGUGCGGCGUCAGACUCGCCUGCGGGACCUCCCCACAAGCGUCGCCGCCUGCCGCGUGGCGUGCAUGGUGUUCAUGCGCAAGACAUGUCCCUCGUCACUCCAGGGAAUGCAGCGUCUCGCCCAGGCUGGCGAGUUACAUCCCUCGGCCGGCUCAUCCGGCCCAUCAGAAUGCGGCCAGAGCAUCCCCUACCGGACCAACUACCUAAAAUAGUGUCUGCAGAGAAAGGUAGAAAACCGCAGAAGGAACGGACACAGAAGAAACGCGUGAAGAACCCGCCGACGCGCGCAAGGAGGCGUACAAUUGAUCCGACGAAGUGGGGUUCGCUGCACCUCAAGGGCGUGUUCCUAGACACUGGGGCGACCCUCGACGUAGGGCAGCGGCCCCCAGCUCUACGUGAGACCGAACGAGGACUGGAAGAGAGCAGCAAUGAUGAGGAGAGUGAUGAUGAUGAUGAUGAAACAGACAGUGGGGAUGAGGUGAUGGGUGCUGAAGAGUAUCCACCGAGCCUUCUGCAGGAAGCAACUCUAUCGCCACCCUUCUCUCCGAAGCCCGCAGCACAAAAGACGCGCGCAAAUGUGGGAGAUGAAAACGAUUUGGUGCAAGAAACGAAGAAGUCGCUCGGGUUACUCCAGGUGCUUUUCGGUGGCCGAGGAGACGACGAAUGGGGCGAUCAGGAAAGUGUCGAUUCUGAUGGCGAUCUAGAUGACCAUGCCCGCCCUGCGGACAUGCAAGCUGAAGACAUUGAGGAAAACCACAUGCAUGUGGACAAGGCAGUUUCAUUCCGUGUAGAACGCGUGCAACCGCACGAAGAACUGCCUACUCCUGUGUCAGCGCAGAGUGCGAAGCUUAAAGAUCUGUUCGCGCCUCGCGAAGAAGAUGCCGGCUUCUCGCUACUGGGUCAUCUCGACCUCGAUCUCGAGCUGGAUGACGAAGUCGAUCUGCAGCUCACUGCAGAACCACAAGCACGGCCAGUUCCCCAACCUGUUGCGACCGUGUCACCAGCUGCUGGGGCGCAGUCCGUGUUCGAUACCAGGCGACCGCUCUUCUUCCCUUUCCCGCUGGACGAGCGCGAUCGUGCCCGAGGGCGGACAGGCGACGCGUUUGACGCGACGAAUUGGCGCACGUGGUUUUACCGCACCGAUUCGGCGGAAGAAAUCCACAAACGGUGGGAAGAGACGCGUGGAGAGCUCACGAGCGGGUGGAAGAGACGCCACAGAGAAGCGGUGAAGAGCCGAAGAAGGAGGGGAGGUGGUGCGGAAGACGGGGACGCCUGA